AUGGCUUCUCAGGCUAGCGAGGACCUGCAGAAGCUUGACCUGAACGGCCAGGGCGGUGCCGCUAAAGCGGACGCCCCUACCACGGGUCAAGCAGAAGCCGGAGAGGCAGAGGACGACUCGGAUGAUGACGCUGAUGAAGGAAACGCUGCUCCCGAAGGCGGAGCCAACGGAGCUGCCAAGAAAAAGAAGAAGCGCAAGUCUAAGAAGAAGAAGAAGGGCGGUGCCAAGGUUCAGAGCGAGCCCCCGCGGGUCCCUCUGUCUCAGCUCUUCGCCGGCAAGCAGUAUCCUGAGGGCGAGAUCGUCGAGUACAAGGAUGAUAACUUGUACCGCACGACCAACGAAGAAAAGCGUUAUCUCGACCGCAUGAACAAUGAUUUCCUGCAGGAGUACCGUCAGGGUGCCGAGGUGCACCGUCAGGUCCGUCAGUAUGCGCAGAAGACCAUCAAGCCGGGCCAGACCUUGACGGAGAUUGCUGAGGGCAUCGAGGAUUCGGUGCGUGCUUUGACUGGCCACCAGGGUCUUGAGGAAGGUGACAACCUCAAGGGCGGUAUGGGUUUCCCCUGCGGUCUGAGCAUCAACCAUUGUGCCGCUCACUACACACCUAAUGCGGGCAAUAAGAUGGUGUUGCAGCAGGGAGACGUGAUGAAGGUCGACUUCGGCGCGCACAUUAACGGCCGCAUUGUCGACAGUGCCUUUACUGUGGCUUUUGACCCAGUUUACGACCCAUUGCUUGAGGCCGUUAAGGAUGCUACCAAUACUGGAAUUCGCGAAGCGGGUAUUGAUGUCCGCAUGAGCGAUAUUGGUGCCGCCAUCCAGGAGGCCAUGGAAAGUUAUGAAGUUGAACUCAACGGGACCAUGCAUCCUGUGAAGUGUAUUAGGAAUCUCAACGGUCACAACAUUGACCAGCACGUCAUCCACGGAGGCAAGAGUGUUCCGAUUGUGAAGGGUGGUGACCAGACCAAGAUGGAGGAAGGUGAAGUUUUCGCCAUUGAGACCUUCGGUAGUACCGGAAAGGGCUACGUGAGAGAAGACAUGGAAACAUCCCACUACGCCUUGGUUCCUAAUGCCUCUCCGGUACCUCUGCGUCUUUCUUCGGCCAAGAAUCUGCUGAAUGUGAUCAACAAGAACUUCGGCACUUUGCCUUUCUGCCGUCGUUAUCUUGACCGACUUGGACAGGACAAAUAUCUUCUUGGAUUGAACAACCUGGUUUCGUCCGGAAUUGUCCAGGACUACCCGCCACUUUGCGAUGUCAAGGGCUCUUACACAGCCCAAUAUGAACAUAUCGGACCAGUCACAACCAUCCGUGGCGCCGGGAGGGCCCCACGUGGAAACAAUCCACUCCGACUCACGUUGUCGUUGCAAUUAAUCAGAAGACUCGGAUCGUCGCUUGCCAUUGCCUCCUCUUCCUCUUUCUCUCCUUCUUUACCCGCUUUCGACCCAUGGCGUAAAUCCGUCACCUUUCCCUAUCCCACCCCUCCCCUAAUCAUGUCCUCCGCCGUCGCGACCACCGAUACUCCGCAUCUCCGCGUGUCCGCCGCGAAGAACAAGGGCCUCGAUGCAAAGAAUGACCAGCAGUCGGUUCGAAUUCCACCGCCAGAGUCGUCUCUAGUUGAGGAUCAAUUCUUUUGGACAUAUACGGAAGAGCCUCACCGUUCAAGACGGCAAGCGAUUAUCAAGGCCCAUCCAGAGGUAACCAAGCUCUGCGGUCCCGAACCUCUCACCAAAUACGUCGUGUUCGGUGUUGUCUCCCUCCAGAUAUGCUGUGCGUAUCUACUCCGGGACACCUCGAUGCUCUCCUGGCGGUUCCUUGCAACCGCAUACUUGAUCGGAGCAACCGCCAACCAGAACCUCUUCCUCGCCAUCCAUGAAAUUUCUCAUAACCUGGCCUUCCGGUCUCCAAUGGGCAAUCGCCUGCUGGCGAUUUUUGCCAAUCUCCCUAUUGGGCUGCCUUACAGCGCCGCGUUCCGACCCUACCACCUAACGCAUCAUAAGUCCCUCGGCGUCACAGGCCUCGAUACAGAUCUUCCAACUGCGGUUGAAGCCUUCCUCCUUGACUCCCUCCUCGGCAAGGCCUUCUUCUGCACUUUCCAGAUCCUCUUCUACGCCGUCCGGCCUAUGUUCAUCUACAGCCCGCCCUUCACCUACAUCCACGCUCUGAACCUUGCCGUCCAACUCUCCUUCGACUACGCCCUCACCAAAUUCUGCGGCGGUUCACUACAGCCCUUCUUCUACCUCAUCCUCAGCUCGUUCCUCGCCGGCUCGCUCCAUCCAUGCGCAGGCCACUUCAUCGCAGAACAUUACUUCUUCUCCAAGGUCGACCACGGAACGGAGUCUAUCACAGUGCAGAAGACGAAAUCCACCGAAAAGAAACAGUCCCACCCCUUGGAUAACCUCCCUCCCCCCGAAACAUACUCCUACUACGGACCACUCAACAUCCUGACGUACAACGUAGGUCUGCAUAAUGAACAUCACGAUUUCCCCGCCAUCCCUUGGACAAGAUUACAUGCGCUUCAUCGCAUCGCGAGCGAGUUCUACGAGCCGCUACCUUGUCAUCGUUCCUGGGUCUGGGUUAUCUGGACGUUCAUUCUAGACAAGAAUGUCGGGAUGUGGUGUCGGGUCAAGAGAGCCCAGGGGGGCCGGAUUGUCGGUGGUGGCGGGAAGUCCGGACGUAGCGGAGAGACUAUCUCGGCUGAGUCGGCUGGGCCGGAGGAGAAUGAAGAUGGGUGGAAGGAGAGUGAACUUCAAAAUUGAUUUGUAUAUGUACUAUCGCUGCUUUUACUAACUGGGUUAUGGAUACUGUUGAUGAUUAUAGAAUAGAGAUGAUAUCCACGGUCCUGGUGUCGGGUAGACUAAACCAUGUGUAAUUAUUCAGUAAAUGGGUGUUACUAGGCGUCUGAUGUUGUUUACUUGAAUCUUUAAUUUCGAAUAAAGCGGCCGUAGAAAUACAUGGUUAGAAGUGAAAGGGAGUACACAAGAGUCAUAUUGGCCUGGCGCAUUAACUGCGGGCAAGCGUUU